AUGGCUAUGCAUCCCCACUUAGACAGAAUCCUCUGGACCGAAGACCAAAUCUCCCACCGAAUCUCCGAACUCGCCGCCCAAAUCGUCCACGACUUUCCCCCGCCCUCACCUCCUCCCGUAUUUAUCGGCGUCGCCACCGGCGCAUUCAUAUUCCUCGCUGACCUAGUUCGCAAAAUCGACCUCCCUUUCACCGUUGAUCUCGUUCGAGCUCAAUCCUACGGCUCCGGAACUGUCUCCAAUGGCGCACCUACCAUUUCUUCUGACUUGAAGGUGGAAGUUCACGGGCAACACGUCAUUUUGGUUGAAGACAUUGUAGACACAGGACAUACUUUAUCUAGACUCAUUUCACAUUUGAAAUUGAAGGGAGCAUCCUCUGUUUCUGUAUGCACUCUUCUUGACAAACCAGCAAGGAGAAAAGUUAAUGUACAGCUGGUGGGUGAAGGCAAAUUCUACCGGGGAUUUGAGUGUCCAGACAAUUUUGUUGUUGGUUAUGGAAUGGAUUUUGAUGAACGGUACAGAAAUUUGCCUAACAUUGGUGUCUUGAAGCCUGAACAUUACAGUUGA